AUGGCAACCGUUUCCAAUGGCUCUGAGUUUGACUUCAUCAUCGUCGGCGGUGGCACGGCAGGCAAUGCUGUUGCUGGUCGUCUCGCUGAAAACGCCGACGUCCGGAUCCUGGUAGUUGAAGCUGGGAUCCCCAAUCCAGACCAAAUCGAGCAGAUCACCACGCCGUCAAAAGCUUUUACCCUGCGAGGAAGCAAGUAUGACUGGGCCUACAAAACGACGAUGAUCAAACGCGACGACUACGAGCGCGUCGAAAAGCCCAACACCCGCGGAAAAGCCCUCGGUGGAAGUACCUGCGCCAACUACUUUACCUGGAUCCCUGGUUCGAAGCCUACCUUUGAUGAAUGGGAGGCGUUUGGCGGCCGGGACUGGAACUGGGAGGGCUGUGUGGAUUACCUGCGCAAGUGCGCCACCUACCACGACGAGGAGAAGCUCUAUCCGGCCGAACUGAGCAAGAUUGGAACCGGAGGCCCGGUGCAGAUCUCUCAUGCCGACCUGGUGCCGGAGAUGCAGCCCUUCCGCGACGCGCUGAUUCAAGCGUGGGUUUCCAAGGGCCAGCCUCUCACUGAGGACAUCUUUUCGGGCGAAAUGAAAGGGCUGACGCACUGUGUGGACACCAUCCACCGCGGCGUGCGCCAAGGGAGCUUCCUGUACCUGAAGGACAAGCCGAACGUGACCAUCCUAUAUGGCGUCCACUCGAAGCACCUCAUCAUCGAUCCCGUAACCCGCAUCUGCUCCGGCGUCACCGUCAUCAGCGAAGCUUACAACACUGAGAUCAGUGUCUAUGCCAGCCGGGAAGUCAUUGUGUCGCAGGGCGUGUUUGAGACGCCCAAGCUGCUCAUGCUGAGCGGUAUUGGCCCGGCUGCGGAACUUGCCAAGCACCAAAUCAGCCAAAUUGUUGACUCCCCUCAUGUCGGCCAGCAUCUCCUGGACCAUCCCAUUGUGCCUUUCGUCCUCGAGCUCAAAGAGGGAUACGGCCUGGAUGACCACGUCCUCCGCCCCGGUCCUCUCAAUGACAAAGCGCUGGCUGCUUACCAGCGUGACAAGACGGGCCCUGCCAGCUCCGGGUUUCUGGAGCUGGUCGGCUUCCCUCGUAUCGACGAGCGACUGGAGCGGUAUCCGGCCUACCGCGAGGCUAUGGCCGCCAACGGCGGACUAGAUCCCUUUGGGCCCGCAGGUCAACCGCACUUCGAGCUUGAUUUCGUCGGCCUGUUCAGCACCGCCUUCCAGUGGCACUUCCCCAUGCCAGAGCAGGGUAACUACAUGACUGUCAUUGUGGAUCUUCUGCGGCCCCUGUCCGAGGGCGAGGUGACGCUGAACAGUGCGAACGCGAUGGUCCAGCCCCACAUCAACCUCAACUUCUUCGCGAACGACUUGGAUAUUCUGGCCAUGCGGGAGGGCGUACGCUGGACCUACGAUGUUUUGACUACGGGUACUGGGUUCAAGGACAUCAUCGUCCGCGAGUACCCAUGGAAGAUGCCUCUGCAUUCCGACGAGCAGAUGGACAAGGCAAUUCUGGAACGAAACCAGACUGGAUUCCACCCCUGCGGUACUGCACGGCUCUCAAAGAGCAUUCAUCAAGGUGUGGUUGACUCGAAGCUCCGCGUCCAUGGGGUGCGUAACCUCAGGAUUGCGGAUGCCUCCAUUAUCCCUGUAAUUCCGGACUGCCGUAUUCAGAACUCAGUCUACAUGAUUGGCGAGAAGUGCGCCGACAUGAUCAAAUCCGAGCACAAGGACCUGUACGAGGCAAAGAAUGUUCCUUAUUCUAUCCCGAGCAAGCUCUGA